GAAUUUAUUACUUGUUUUGGAGUAAAGGACAGAGGCAUUCAAAACAAGAAGAAGCUUGAAGUUGAUCUAAAAUGGGUCUUUUUCUGCUGGCGAUAUCCAUGUCGUUACUUUUCGUCGUAAAUUCAAUGAUGUCUCCUUCACUUCCAACUACAGUGGCCACUCUACCCUCUUCGGAUGAUAAACUUGUUGUAGAAAACAUGACCUCAUGGAUCACUAAUGACACAAUUAAGAUAUAUGUAUACGCCCACCUUCUUUUUUGUCCCAAUCAAGACAUGUGCUUUGGAGAAGAGUACCAAAGAAAUGUCUCUUUUUCAAAAACAAAAGUUCGAAGUUGUUCGGUUUGUGGCUGCAAUGAUAAUUGCCACAGGAAGAAGAACUGUUGUCCUUGGCGCAAUUACAAACAAAAUAUUUCUACCAGCACCAAUUCAUAACGAAUGUCGACCAUAGCUAUUCAUCACAUUCUCGAUACGAUACCGUGGCCCUAGAUUGCAUUUCUCCCUCUAUUAAUUUGCUUUACAAACAAAAAUACUUUAUGGUUUCGGAUUGCCCGUCUACGUUUGUUGAUGACGUAACUUUACAAAAAUGCCAAAAGCCGAAAAAUGAAACAGAUCUGAAACUAUUCCAACCCGUGACAUCUAUAAAGACCAACGAAACUUUUCAAAACUUGUACUGUGCGAUUUGCAAUGGUGAAAAUUCAGACAUGUUGUUGUCUUGGGAAACACGACUUAGCUGCAGAUAUCAGGAUGACCUUAUGAAAGCUUUCUCUACAGAAACCCUCAAAACAAAACUGUUCAGCCACACUAGUCAAUGUGGAGUCGAGUUUAUUCCACCUUUGUUGGUUGCUAACAAUAUCAGAAACAGGUGCUACACUGAUGAUCAGUAUGCUGAUCGUUGUAACAUCACAGGUUUCUGGCAGACCUAUGACAGUCAAAUUGAGAGAGGAUGCAGCCUUGAUUUCGUCGACAGAUAUAUACAUUGUACAAAUAAGCACAUUGCUAGGAGGCAAGAAUAUAAAAACUUAUUUUGUGCCAUGUGCAACGUUGGAAAUUGGACAUCUGAUUUGCCUACAGAAUGUAUAGAGGAAUAUUAUUUAGAUCAAGACCACAUGGAUUCGUUUUCAGCUAUGAUAGAUUUGAGCAAAUUCGAAGAAAAUGUUCGUGAUCAACACCUACAAUGUCCUUUCUAUGAUCCACUACUUAAAACAUGUCACCGUCCAUUUUGUGAUGCAGGCCUUAGAUAUGAAAAUUUCGACUGUGUUUCCGCUCACACACAGAUUUCAAAGCAAAAAUACGAAAUGAACAUUCGUUUCACGACAAAAUCAGGAAGAAUAGAGCCAAUCACAGACUCUUUGUUUAAAAUCAUAACAUAUAUUUAUUCAAAUGAAAGUUUUGACAACCUGAUAUGUAAAGGACGUUUAUUCGUUGAAUCAGACGCCGCUGAAACAUUUAAGUCUGACUAUUCAUUUAUGUUUUAUGUAGAAAUGUUUUAUCAUCACAUCCAUAACUACAAAGAAAGCCUCAAUUAUUUAUUAGAGUAUUUUAAAUUUGAUGAUGUAAUUAGAAAUACUUUCAAUGUUGAACUUCUCAGUCAGUCCUUUAAAUCUCGAUAUCAUGUGCAUACUUCUUUUUCUACGUUUUAUCGAAACCCAGUUUCUGGAAAGGAUUUGUAUGAGUUUACGAGAAGAAAAGCUCCACAACGAUCUGACCGAUGUGACCUCAAUUUCGACACACUAACAACAAUUGUUGCUCCGUUCACGAUCUGUCCAAAAAUACUGAUAGACAAAAGGCAAACAACGGUGGUUGUUUCGGGGUCCGUUCUUUGCUUUGUUGAUUUGGACUUUUGCAUGGGAUCGUCGUAUUUCAAGGAAUCACGUGACAAAAGUAAAGUAGAGGUUUGCGUCGAUCAAUAUUUUGAAAAACUUGAGUUGGCUUUGUUGAAACAAAAAAAUUCUAUGGAAAAGAUAACGACACUUGUUUGCUUGUCCUUUUCUUCCGUUGGAUGUAUUGGAACGAUGGUCGCUUAUUUCAUCUUCGAUAUUGGUAAACACGUUCACUCAAUGAAUAUCAAAGCUUUGUGUUUAACUUUGAUUUUUGCUAACACUGUAUUUUCCGUUUCCGGAUUAUCCUCGUCCAACCCAAUAUUUUGUCAGAUAGUAGGCGUUCUCAAUCACUUCCUGUGGCUAUCAGUAGUUAUGUGGAUGCUUGCCUCUUCUUUUACAUGUUUCCAGACCUUUACAUACACCCAAUAUCAAAGCAAAGGUAGUAUUAGGAAAAGAUUUUUUUUAAAUGUGGUGUACAGUUUUGCUUUUCCAACGUGCAUGGUUCUGACAAAUAUGUUAGUCAGCAAACUUUUGUUCCAAGAUUCUAGUUAUGGGUAUUCAUCAUUCAACUGCUUUAUCUCUCUCAAAGAUAUGCUACUCUAUACAUUUAUCGUUCCAAUCGCAUGCAUGGUCAUUCUCAAUUUCUUUAUGUUUCUCUUAUCAUUUAGAGAAAUAAGCAGGAAGGAUGACACGCAUGUUGAGCUUAAAACAAAACAGGACAGAAAUAUGUUCGUUAUAUUUUUCCGGUUGAUUGCAAUUAGUGGAACUACCUGGUUCUUUGGAUUUCUAAACAUCAUGUUUCCGAACCCCUUAUUUUCCUACCUACACAUCAUUCUGGCCAGCUCUCAGGGUAUCUUUCUCUUCUUUGCAUUUGGAAUUCAGUUGAUUGCCAGAAACAUUAAUCCACAAAAGAGACAUUCUCUCAAAUAGUAGAACACAAUCUUUCAGUUCAUCCGAACCAGAGAGUCUAUGGAGUUUUUCGCAUCCUAAUUUUUCUUUCCUAUUUCUGUCAUCGUUAAUGGCGCUGUCAUCAUUGUUUUCGUGUUACCAGUUUGCAUAAUUUUUUUUACUUAUUUAAAACACCAUUUAUGUAGCCUCAACAAAUCAACAUUUUGCAUUAUUUUUUACUUAUGUAGAACAACAUUAAUGUAGCCAAUCUCAACAAAACAUGGCACCAAACUAGCCACAGUUUAAAAAUAAAAAAAAAAGUUUGAGGACAGAAAGCACAGCCUUUAUUAGCCUUUUCCCUUCAUGAAGAUCAAAAAGAACAAAUUGAAUUGAUGAAUAAUACAACUCAGACUAUACAAAAAAUACAAAUAUUAAUGAAGAAAAAGAUAAAUAAAAAAAAUUAUGAUUGCGUUUUAAUAAGAAAAGUAAAACAGCAAACCACAAUUUACGUUUUAUAAACGACAAAGCUGUUUAUAAAAAAACAUAAACUGUUCAAACCAAUUCUGAUUUCGGAUGAACGUAAUACAAUGUAGCUAUUGAUAUAUAUCAUUCCUUUGAUUUUCUGCCAUGAAUUUAGAUGAAAACGGUCAUUUGACCUAUAAAAAUGAUAUUUUACCGUACCAAAUUUAAACGUAAUGUCGGAUUGAUUGAUACGUUUUUGACGCUAUACCUUAUGCGUCGAAGCAACAUCUUUCAUACGAAAUAAACAAUUUUUUUCAGCCAAUCAAUGGCGUGUUGCAAGUAAAUCCAAAUUAUUUAUCAUGCAAGAAGUAUCGUUCUGUGAAUUUCAUUGUUUGUUUUUAGAAAUGUUUUUGAUGUUAUGUAUUAUAUAUUAUGAUAUAGAAUUUUCGGCGUUGGUAAAACAAAAUCAUAUAAUCAAUGAGACAUGAUUACCAUUUUUCGCAUUAUUCGUCGCAUGUCAUUUAUGAUGAUGUCGUUUGAAUUGUUACAACUAAAAUGUGCAAGCUUGUUACUAAUAUUUCUUUGUUUUUAAAGCUGUGAGUUUAUCUUUUAAUCGUUUCAAAAUGCAUGUACUCAAACCAUAUUUUUUUUUUAAGGGAAAAUGAAAAAGCAAAAUAUGAUCAGUAUAUUGUAUUCAAAUUAUCUAAUGUAUUUUGUGAAGCAAUUAUAAAGAAUAGUGUAAUUAGAUUCAUUUUAAGGUACGUUUUGUAAAAAUGCCCAGGUGAUUGUUUUCUUACAAAGUUUAAAAUGCGCCCCCUUUUCUGUCGUCUUUCAUAGAAAUUGAUUACCAUUUGUGUUUCAUUAGAAUAAGCUAUUUUUCUAAAAUGAACAAAACAAGCGUUAAACACGGAAUGCAUUAACAUAAUUGAGGUUACAAAAUACAACUCUGCCAUUUAGUAUGGUGAAGGGUGACUGAAAGGUAGUUAAGACGGAAUGGCAUACUUAGUGGCUUUGUCGUUUAGUCACAUUUCGAGACCAUUCAGUCAUCACUCAGCUGACUAAAUUUGUUAAGGUUGUUUGGGACACUUUGUGACGUAUUGUUUAUCGAAAAAAAACUCCAAAAAAACCAAGUGUAAUUUUAUAAGUAGUUUCUUUCCCAAUAUUAUCACCUAUCAGCGUAGUGCAGUUGGCUAGAGGGUUUACUAAAAAUCUGUAAAUCAUGAGAUCGAAUCCCACUGAGGGGUUAACAAUUUUUACCUCUCAAAAUUCUUUUAAAACUAUUUUUUGGGGUUAAAUAUCGUAAAAUUUGAAAAUUCUAAAACUGUGAAAGUAAUUCAAUCAUUAUGAUUUUUAAUCCACAUUAAUAUCUACAGAUGUCCCAUACAAUUUAAAUUUUUCGCAGAUGCCCAAAAAACCCCGGACCCCCCCCCCCAAAAAAAAAGAAAAAAACCCCAAACAUUUAAUAAAAUAAAAUUAAAAAAAUCAAAAAAACAAAAAAACAACAACAACAACAAAAACAAAACAGAAACAAAAACAAAUCCAGAAAACACAAACGUGUUGACACCUCAAUAUGUAUGUUGCAUCGUUCUGUGUAAAUUGUUUGUGAAAAUUUUAAUGAUAUAAUUAAGAAUAUGGUACAUUGGUACAUAAAAGAAAAUGUUAAAAAAAAAAAAAAAAAAAAAAAAAAAAAACUUUUGCAGAUAAAGUGGUUUCAAAAAUGGUGUUCAAUGGAAACUGUAAAUGUAUUACAUUUGUGAUAACAUUUGGCUCUGUAUUCUGAUUACCUUCAUUGGGAGAAAACGGCAUUAUGCCAAAUCAAGUGCAUCGC